GCGCAUUAUACAGCAUCUCACCUGUCAACUAUUUAAUAAAAAAUGGGUCCAUCCGCAGAGUGUCAACGCAGUCAGGACUGAUGUCAGUAUUAAUACUGGUGUGUGACAGAUUUAUUUAAUAAAAGCAGAUAUGUAAUCUUGCCAGCGGUUUCCAGGAAUGCGUUUAAUGCUGUCAGUUUAAUCACCGACGUCGCACACAACCUGUCCAUAUAUCCAUUCAUCCAUCCAUCCAUCCAUCCAUCCAUCUAUCUAUCUAUCUAUCUAUCCAUUCACAAGACAAACAAAAACAGGCAGCCCCUCACAACUCCUCAAAAACGUCGCCCGACUGACAACGGUGUGAUGUUCGUAUGUGACGGAAUCGGCUUUUAGUCCCGUCGUGUAGGACGAUGAAUGCAGAGGAGUUGGAACUCCUCAGUGACUCGAAGUACAGGAAUUAUGUGACAGCUGUGGAUAAGGCCCUAAAAAACUUUGAGUACUCCAGUGAAUGGGCCGAUCUGAUCUCAGCGCUCGGAAAGCUCAACAAGAUAUUGCAAAACAAUGGCAAGUACCAAGUUGUGCCCAAGAAACUGACAAUUGGGAAGCGUCUGGCCCAAUGCCUUCACCCGGCACUGCCCAGCGGGGUUCACCGAAAGGCCCUGGAGACCUACGAGAUCAUUUUUAAGAUCAUUGGACCAAAACGCCUGGCGAGGGAUCUUUUCCUUUAUAGUUCUGGGCUUUUCCCUUUAUUAUCCAAUGCUGCUAUGUCUGUGAAGCCAGUAUUGCUUGGGUUGUAUGAGACCUACUACCUGCCCUUGGGGAAGACUCUUAAACCAGGCCUGCAGGGGCUCCUGACUGGAGUACUGCCUGGUCUGGAAGAGGGCUCAGAGUAUUAUGACAGGACCAAUACCUUGCUGGAAAAGGUGGCAGUGGCUGUGGAGCAGCCAGCCUUUUACGGUGCACUCUGGGGCAGUAUUCUAACCAGCCCUGCUGUGCGCUUGCCUGGAGUCUUCUUUGUCCUUCUGCACCUUAACCGUAAAUUAUCCAUGGAGGACCAGCUGUACAUCAUUGGCAGUGACAUUGCACUGAUGGUGGAGGCUGUCAGCACGUCUGUUCAGGACUCCAGUGUUCUAGUGCAAAGGAGCACCCUGGACCUUAUCCUGUUCUGCUUCCCCUUCCACAUGAGUCAGGCUACACGUCCAGACAUGAUCAGGAUUCUGUCUGCAGCACUUCAUGUUGUUCUAAGGAGAGAUAUGUCUCUGAACCGGAGACUUUAUGCUUGGCUGCUGGGUUUCGAUAACAAUGGUGUGCAAGCAGGCCCUCGCAGUACCCGACUCAGCAAUCCAGAAGAGCAUGCCACACACUACUUUAACACUUACUCCAAGGACAUGCUCAUUCAGGCCAUGGUGGGGAUCCUGCAGGGGAAGGCAAGAGGAGGGGAGGAGGAGAGCAUCCAGAUGCAUGACUUGAAGCCAUUCCGUAUCCUCAUCAGCCUUCUCGACAAGCCUGAGCUGGGUCCAGCAAUCUUAGAGGAUGUUCUGAUUGAAGUGUUCCGCACACUACACACUCAGUGCCGUGCUGAGCUGGACCUUCAGAAUCAAAACCCUUUCAGCAAAGACCAAACUCAGCUUAGCAGCAAACUCAGAGAAAACAAGAAGACGGCAGAGCUUAUUAAAACAGCCAACCUCUUGUUCAACUCCUUUGAGCCCUACUACAUGUGGGAUUAUAUUGCACUAUGGUUUGAGGAGUGCUGCAGAUGGACUCAGAGCAGUCAUGCCCCAGGGCAGACUUUGAGCUCUGAUACAUCAGCACGCUCAUUGGUUGAGUUCUGUGAGCUGGUGGACUUCCUGUUGGACAUUGUGUCUUUGCCUACUAGAAGCAUGAGGGUUAUCUGCCAGGAAACAUACAUUGAGAUCCAGACAGAGCACCUACCUUUGUUGCUUCUGCGGAUGGUUUCUGCUCUUACCACUCAUCUGCAGGCCCUGGGCCUCAGAGAGAUCACCCACUGUCUGCGCCUCUGCUCAAAGAUCCUCAGCAAAGUCCAGCCACCACUGGUGUCACCUCUUGCACUACCCUCAGGCCCAUUCUCUUCUGCCACCACCCCCUCAGUCAGAGACAAAGACGAGAAAAUGAUCCUGCCAGUCACCCUAGAAGUCCCUGGCAGCACUGAUGUAUUUGAUGAAGGUGAGAAACCUUCAAGCAACAGGUUAUCAGAGAGCGGAUUCACUGAGUUCAUCCAAUACCAGGCGGAACGUGGGGUGCAACCUGGCAAAACGCAGCACCGCAAGGCUGAUUCCUCCAGCCCUGAGGAUAUGCCCAUCCAACCCAAAUCUGGACUCAGUAGUUCAGGCAACAGCAAGCCCCAGGACAAGCCAGUGAUGCAGUGCUGCCUUGAGCAAUUCCAGCAAUUCCUUUCUUGCCUGGUAAGGCUUUACAUCACCCCAGGUAGUCAGGAAGAGGCAGGGAGGAGUUGCAGUGUUGAGAUGGAGACUCUGACAGUGGUGGCUGAUAAAAAAAGACAGAAGGAUUUUAAGGAGCCGAUCUUAUCUAAACAGAAAGAGUGUCUGGCUGCUUUCACGGCUGCCUGCCAGCUCUUCCUGGAGUGCUCCAGUUUUCCAGUCUACAUUGCUGAGGGAAACCUAAAGUCCUCACCCACCAGAGAGGAGCAAACAGGUGAGAGUGUUCAGCCAGCGGUGUGGCUUCAGACUCUGAUGGAUGCGUGCUGUUCAACUGCUGACUUCAGUAUCCAGGCAGUGGCUAUCUCUCUUGUCAUGGACCUUGUCGGUCUAACACAGUCAGUAGCUAUGGUGACAGCUGAGCGUGUGGCCAGUCCAGACUCGGGCCAGCCAAUGAGCCCUAGCCAGGGUCGUGUUGCAGUGGUGAUUCGACCACCACUCACAGCGGGUAUCUUGAAGUACAUAGCAGAGAAUACAGAAUUCUUCAAGAGCAUAGCCCUGAUCUUGUGGGAUCAGUUGGGAGAGGAGACCCCCCAGCACCACAAGCGCAGUGUGGAGCUCUUUUACCAGCUCCACAACCUGACUCCCUCUCCCAGCAUUUGUGAAGAUGUAAUCAGCCAGCAGCUCAUGCACCGAGACAAGAGAAUACAGUUGGAUGCCCAUGUAAAAUUCUCUGUUCUCUGGCACCUGACCAGAGACCUGAACAUCACCAAGUCCUCCCCUUUCAAUCGCACCUUUGACAGGUCUCUUUUUAUUAUGUUAGACUGCCUCAAUUAUUGGGAUGGCAUGGCUAGUGCUGUUGGCCGGGCCUGGCUGAACCAGGUUUUGCAGAGACAUGACAUUGCUCGUGUUCUUGAGCCUCUACUGCUUUUGCUGCUGCACCCUAAAACCCACCGCGUGUCCAUCCAGCGUGUUCAAGCACAGUGCCACUGGGCCCAGGCUUUCCCCAACCCAACAGAACAAGAGUCCUCAGACCCAGUUUACUUGAGGGAAAUGAGCUAUGCUGAAAAUUAUAGCCAGAUAUCAGGGGAUGGCCACAGGGGUUUCCAAGCAUGUGGAAGAGGCCUCCCAUUGGAUGAUAUGGAACCCUUUAGCCUUACGGUUAACCCUUUGAGUGACAGUCUUUCACUCUUGAGCCUUAGCAGUGACAACCUGCCACUCUGUGGUGAAUAUCAGCCUCCUGACCAGCAGGGGGAGCCCCAGAGCUCUGAUUCCAGUGGCUCUCAGUCAUCCACUGUAGACAAUGGCAGCUUUGAUGAGCUAGAAGGAGGUGGUAGCACUGUUAACGUACCAGAUACUGUGCUUUGUCAAUCCUCUUCGGUGGAGGAAGAGUGCUUACACAAGGCAGUUACUGCUAUACUCACUGAUCUAGUGGACAGGGUGGUGCAAAUGGUGGAGAAAGAGUCAAGUGAGGUGCCAUCAUCCCAUGAGGCCUGGCCUCAAACAGACUCUGAUAGCACCAACUCUUCCACUGAUAUGUCCACUGGGCCAUGUAUCACGCUGGCUCCCUUUUCCAACACCCAACCUAGAACACUCCCAGAACUGGUUGCAGGGGGAACCUUGGAGUUCCUGGCUGUGGCCACAAUUGAUGCUUCAGGGGAAGAGGAGCAUCGGGAAGGCAUUGCCCGGCAUAGCUCCUCCCCUUCUAUCGUCAUGCUUCCGGACAGCUGUGGCAAUGCCUCCAAUGAGCAGAGCCUCCAGGUCAAUGAACCACACCGCAAGCGCAGCCACAGCAGUACGCAGCUAAGCCUUAAGGGCAAGAUUAUGGAGCGCCUGGUGGACAAAUCCCCUGGUGCCAAGCCCAAAAUCAAGAAGGUCAAAAGGAAAGAGGAUGAAAGACGCAAGACCAACCAGGCAGAGAAGAGCCGGCCUCCCAGCAUCUUCUUCGGGGACAGUCUGGACUUGGAGAACUGGUACAGCUGUGGGGAGGGCGAGGUGUCUGAGAUUGAGAGCGACAUGGGCUCGCCUAGUGGUGGGGCUGACGGUGGGACAGGAGGAUCUUGCACAUCUGGGUCACCUCCUUGGUUUAACAUCCAUCCCCUGUACCAGCAUGUGCUGCUUUACCUUCAGCUCUACGACUCCUCUCGCACUCUGCAUGCACUCUCUGCCAUUGCAGCCAUGCUGCGUACUACACCAGCAGGGUUUGUGAGCGCCAUCUCCACCACCAGCAUAAAUAACAUGUACACGCCACAGCUCUCUCUACUGCAGAACCUGUUGGCACGUCACCGUGUCUCUGUCAUGGGCAAGGAUUUCUACUGUCCCAUCCCACAGGACUCGCACUCCCACUCCUUCCGAAGUGCCAUGUUCUUGGAGAUCAUAAUUUCCCUUUGCCUCUAUUUUCUGCGCAGCUAUUACUCGGCCCAUGUGGCGGCCACAUCACAGGAUCUGGCAGGCAACCAUACCAUGCAGCUGACCAGUGUGGAGGUGUUGACGCUGCUGUUCAGUGAGCUUACCAAGAUCACUGGGGGCUCAGCCAAGGGCUUCGCAAGCUUCAUUUGCGAUGUGCUGUCCAAAUGCAAGGUGCAGAAGGUAAUGCUACACUGUUUGCUUUCCACCAUCUUUAGUGUGCAAAAGUGGCAUGAACUUCAUGUCUGUGGUACCAAUGUGGCUGCUGUUGAAGAGGGCCUUUCAGAGGACAGUGUAAUCAAUCUGUCUGAGGACCAGAUGGACAACUGCAGCGCCAUACAGUCGCAGCUUCUGCGGCUUCUCCAGAGCCUGGUGGUGUUAGAGCAUCGCGUGCUGAUCCCAGUGGAGGAGGGUGGGGAUGGGGUUCCAGGGUCAGCAGUGUCUGGUGGAGGAGCUAAUGGGCCCGGGUCCGGGUUUGAACUGAUAGGAGGGGAGGUAGAGCACAUCAACCCGCAGCAGCCCUUGGCUUCCCUGCAGUAUCUGAAUGGGCAGCCUAUCACUGCGCAGGGCAUGUUUCUGUGCGCAGUUAUCCGGGCGCUGCAUCAGCACCACGCCUGCAAGAUGCACCCACAGUGGAUCGGUCUCAUAACAGCCACUUUGCCUUACAUGGGCAAAGUGCUUCGGCGACUGGUUGCUUCUGUUACACUUCAGCUGUGCAAAAACCUUGACAACCUUAUCCAGCAAUAUCGCUAUGAGACGGGCCUCAUGGACACCAGGCCCCAGUGGAUGGCACUGUGUAUUCCUCCAGACCUGAUUCUGACUGUACUAGAAGGAAUGACUGCCAUAAUCCAUUAUUGUCUGCUAGACCCAACAUCACAAUAUCACCAGCUGCAGGCGAAUGUAGAUCAGAAGCACCUUGCAGAGGCCCGGGCAGGAAUUCUCUCCAUCUUGCACACCAUCAUGUCCUCUGUAACCUUGCUGUGGGGUGUCCUAUAUCUGGCUGACAGCUCUGACAGGCCGGCCGCAGCCUCUGCCUGCUCCACCUCCAACAUCAACCUAGGAUCCACAAAGAAUCUCAGGCAGCAAAUUCUAGAGCUGCUGGGACCAAUCUCAAUGAAUCAUGGAGCUCACUUCAUGGCUGCUAUUGCUUAUGUGUGGAAUGAAAGGAAGCCGGUUAAAACUCCAUCCAGAAACAAGGUAAUUCCCACUGCGAAUGAAGAACAGCUUCUCCUUGUGGAACUUGUUCGUUCAGUAAGUGCUAUGCGAACUGAGACGGUGAUACAGACAGUGAAGGAAGUCCUAAAGCAACCCCCUGCCAUUGCCAAAGAGAAGCAUCUUUCCCUGGAAGUCUGCAUGCUUCAGUUUUUCUAUGCCUAUGUGCAGAGGAUUCCAGUGUCUAGUCUGGUUGAUAGCUGGCCAUCACUCUUGACAUUGCUGAAGGAGUCUGUGCAGCUCAGUCUGCCCGCUCCUGGACAGUUCCUUAUACUUGGGGUUCUGAACGAGUUUAUCCUAAAGAAUCCCACCCUAGAGAGCAAGAAGGACCAGCGAGAGUUACAGGAUGUGACCCAUAAGAUUGUAGAGGCCAUUGCUACAAUCGCUGGCUCCUCCUUAGAACAGACCACAUGGUUGAGGAAAAACUUGGAGGUCAAACCCUCCCCUCAGAUCAUAGUGGAUGGGGCCAAUCUGGAGGCUGAUGUCGAAGAUCUAAUGCUUACAGUGAUGGAGGCCUCCAGCCUCACUCCAUCUGUGUACAGCGUUCACGCCCUCACUUUGCUGGCUGAGGUGCUGGCCCACCUGUUAGAUAUGGUCUUCUACAGUGAUGAAAAGGAGAAGGUGAUCCCUCUGCUGGUCAACCUUAUGCAUUAUGUGGUGCCCUACCUGCGCAACCAUAGUGCUCAUAACACCCCCAGUUAUCGUGCAUGUAUACAGCUGUUGAGCAGCCUCAGUGGAUAUCAGUACACCCGGAGGGCCUGGAAGAAAGAAGCCUUCGACCUCUUUAUGGACCAUACCUUUUUCCAGAUGGACUCCUCAUGCGUCAGCCACUGGAGAGCAAUCAUAGACCACCUGAUGACUCAUGACAAAACCACAUUCAGAGACCUGAUGACACGAGUUGCCGUGGCCCAGAGCAGCUCUUUGAGUCUUUUUACCAAUCGAGAUGCAGAGCUUGAGCAGAGGGCCAUGAUACUGAAAAGACUCGCCUUCACCAUCUACAGCAGUGAGGUGGACCAGUACCAGAAGUACUUGCCAGACAUUCAAGAGCGUCUUGUGGAGAGCCUACGACUCCCACAAGUUCCUAUCCUCCAUGCACAGGUCUUCCUCUUCUUCAGAGUGCUCCUACUGCGCAUUUCCCCCCAGCACCUGACCUCACUCUGGCCCACUAUGAUCACUGAGCUGGUUCAGGUGUUCUUACUCAUGGAACAGGAACUCACUGCAGAUGAGGACAUCACCAGGACCUCAGGCCCCUCAGUAGCAGGGCUUGAAACAACGUACUCAGGGGGCAACGGCUUUUCUACCUCUUACAACAGCCAGCGCUGGCUCAAUCUCUACCUAUCUGCCUGCAAGCUGCUGGACCUGGCCCUUGCUCUGCCCUCUGAGAGCCUGCCUCAGUUCCAGAUGUAUCGCUGGGCUUUUGUGCCUGAAUCCUCGGAUGACUCUGGUCUGGAGGUCCGCAGACAGGGGACCCAUCAGAGAGAGUUCAAGCCCUAUGUUGUCAGAUUGGCCAAGCUGCUGAGAAAAAGAGCCAAGAAAAAUCCAGAGGAGGACUGCUCCACUCGCACUCUGUCUUGGGAGCCCGGCCAGCUCCUGCUCACCCUUUAUGUUAUCCGCAGCAUGGAACAGCUCCUGCCCUUCUUCAACCUUCUCAGUCAGGUCUUCAGCAGUAAAGGGAACAGCCGAUCAGGACCAUACCACAGCCCUACUCUCAGCAACGGCCCAUUCCCUGGCAAGGACAGCAAGCUGGAGAGCCAGAAAGUCUUCUGGAGCCGAGCCAGACAGAACAUUGAGGAGAUGGUUGAGAAGGACUUCCUUGAAGGACUCAUUAAAACGUGAACUGACAUGAACUAAAUGUGAAAAUGUUGUGCUAUGGCAAAACACUAACACCUCACCUUUUAAAAAAACGAAAGAGAAAAAAGUUUGUAAAAAAAAAUAUUUUUUGUCUUUUCUAAUUAAUAUAUAUUUUUCUUCCAAAAGGUAUUCUAUUUAAUUUACAAUCUUUUACUUGUAAAUAUGACCAGCUGUGAUUUAUUUCUUUCAUUUGUUUGAGCCCUUAUGAUAGUAUGAAGAUACUGUGCCAUUCCAUAUUUUAGUGAUUUGCCUAAUAAAGAGACAUAUCAUAUUAAAAUACAUUUUUCAAAUGAAUUAAAGUUUUGUAGCAGACCUCAUGUCCAUACCUAACUAAUCAAAUUUGCACUAUUGUUCAUUUCCUUUUGGAUUCGAUUCCAGUGGUGUCAACAAAACAUCUGUUUGUUUAAGAAAAAACUACAUACAUGGACAGUUCUAACUUAUGUGGUGUUGGUUUGAAAACAAUAAGAGCCUUAAUUAUAUACACAUACACACACAACAAUUAGUUCCUGUCCUCGAAUCUGAUUGGACAAGAGACAUUCCAUGAGCACUGAUGGUCUGACACAAUCAGCACUCCGAUGCUUCACUGUGUGUAUCUAAACUAAAGUGUAAGAGCUGUGCAGAUGUGUUAAUAGCUACUGUUUGUCUUUUUUACCUUUUAUUUUUGUGGAAUGUGGAAAGUCCACAUUGGAGUGGACACACUGUUUAAAAUGGUGGAAGACAUUGUAGUUACUCUUGCGCACCGGCUACCCCGAAAUAGGGAGAACUACCCCCGCUUGGAUGGGUACUUUUCCACUGAGAAAGCUGAUCUUCAGAAAGCUGACAGCAUCUCUGCUUGGGUGUGGCAACAGGUGUUCGCACAUACUCUUUCUCUCUCACUCACUUACUCACACACACAUCCUUGUUUAUCCAAUAACUUGUUAGAAACAGCACAAGCCGUGAUACUAUUUGUGAAGUGACAUUUUUGAAUUACUAACGAAGGCUUGGACACAUCAUUUGUUUUGAACCAGCAACAGCAGAUUCUGAUCCGACACGUAAAAAAGUAGUUCCAUGAAUAAAUGCUUUUUUAUGAUCGUACUCUGGCUAAGUACAUUCAUCCGAAUACAUUUGAAAACAGUGUUUUCAUUUCAAAACGCUCUCCGUCCACACUAGUGUUUUCCAAAAGUUGCUCGUCCACACUAGCCUAGUUUCCAUCCACUUUUCGCGCUAUUUUGUUAUCGACAAAGUGAAAAUGCAUAAAUCAUAUUUUGCAAAAUUUGCCGUCUUCUGCCUGUUUCCAUUCAAAUGGCCUUUUAUCAAUAAAAAA